AUGGCUCUCCGUUUUAAGAAACGUAAAGGAGUUUCCAAAUCUUUAACUGCUAAACAGAUGGUUCUUGAUUUUGGACAGAAAAAUUUUGGCCCUAUCAAAUGCAAAGUGUGUUCAAUGGUAUAUGUUGCUAGUGAUGCCGAAGAUUUAAAAUCCCAUCAACGUUUUCAUUCUGAUUUUUUAAGUAAGGAAGUUAAGGUUUCCCGUGGACUAAAGUCGGAAAUACACGAGGACUACUUAAAUGGUGAUCAAAUAGUCGAAAUUUCCUUAUUUGAUAGAUCUAGCCAUCAAUUUUUCUCUAAAUUAUCAUCCCUAAUGAAUCAAGAUCUGGGAUAUGAUCAACCUUCCAGUGCAGCGGAACAGGAUUUGAUUAGUCUCCCGCCUUAUUGUCGAAUUUUUAUUUACAUCAAAGGUCAUAAGAAAAUUGUUGCCGGUUGCUGUAUCGCAGAAGACUUAACAGUCGAUAGCGUAGCCGAGAGGGGUUACCAAUUGCGCCGGCUAGUUGGAGGUCGUAAAUCACUACUGUCUUGGCAUGUUCAAAAUUCUUCCGAUAAUCCCAUAUCUGCUAAAUCAGUAGAUACUGUUGUUACGACUUCUACCCGAAGUACUUCUAGUGUGAUUUCGCUUCCUUUGUGUGGCGUUCGCCGUCUAUGGGUGUCUGAAAGGCACAGACGAAAGGGAUACGCAACCUCUUUAGUCGACUGUAUAAUUAAGCAUCUCUUCUACCUCUCAGAAAAGACUCGAUUGCAAGUAGCUUUUGCUGAACCAACUGCGACUGGUGCUGAAUUCGCUGUCAAAUACACUGGUCGUGAAGAUUUUAUUAUAUACUAA